CAGCCGUCGUCUUUUCCGGUGUCCACUCAAGUACUGGAUACUACUGACAGUGGAGGAAGUAGAACCUGAGUAGAACUGAGGGUGACCAGAGCUGCGGUUGGAUAUUACAAGCCGGUGCCAUUAGCACACUCCAGGCACAUACUUAUGCACUUACUGAACGCCGCCAUGGACUGCAUCCGGCGCACUUAUAUUGGGCGACUUGCUCUCAUCCUAUUACUCUUCCCGCGAUCAAUAUGGCUGAAGAUGCUCCUAUCGUUCCAGCGAUGAAGAGGACUGACAGCACGUUCGAGGAAAUACCCAUCAUCGAUCUUCAGAACAUACAAAACACAGAUCCCGCCGUCCGACGCGCUCUGGCUGACGAAGUCCGAGACGCUUGCAUCAAUGUCGGGUUCUUCUACGUGAAGAACCACACCAUUCCCCAAUCCACGAUUCACGACGCCGUGUCCGCCGGCAAGCGCUUCUUCUCCCUCCCGCUCGACACCAAGGCAACGCUGGACAUCCACAAAACCGGGAACUUCAAGGGCUACACCGCGCUGCUCGGCGAGAACACGAACCCCGAAAACCGCGGAGAUUUGCACGAAGGCUUCGACCUCGGCUGGGAGGAGUUCUCCGGCGAGGGUCGUACGGCAGAGGAAGACGGGGUCAUGGGCGGCGGGAACGUCUGGCCGAAGGGUCUACCUGGAUUCAGAGAGGCUUCUCUCGAGUAUUACCACGCUGCUGUGAACUUGGGCAAGAUGCUCUUCCCCCUGUUCGCCCUUGCGCUGAACCUUCCGGAGACUUUCUUCGACGACAAGACAACAAAACCCGCAGCGAUCAUGCGCCUGCUCUACUAUCCGCCACAGACCGGUGCAGUGGAUGCCCGUGUAGAGGGUAUCGGGGCGCAUACCGAUUAUGAGUGCUUCACGAUCCUCUGGCAAGAUAAAGUUCAGGCCCUGCAAGUGCUCAAUGCUGCGGGAAGGUGGAUUGAUGCUGUCCCAAUUCCUGGGACGCUCGUUAUCAACAUUGGGGACCAGUUCGCUCGUUGGUCCAACGACGUAUUCAAGUCGACCGUCCACCGUGCUGUCAACCGGUCCGGCGUCGAGCGAUACUCCAUCCCGCUCUUCUUCGGCAGCGACUACAAUGUUAGACUCGAGCCGUUCCCGGGAUGUGUUACGGAAGACAACCCAGCGAAGUACGAGGUAGUCACGGCGGGCGAUUAUGUGAAGUCGAGGUUAGAGGCGACGUACAAAAACCACUAGACAUUGAAGGGGAGUCAUGUCGGAAUUUGUACGUACAUGGGGGUUCACCGUUCGCAGUCAUUUUCGAGCCGCAUCCGCCCAUCGACACAAAGUCUAAGUGCAAGUGUAAUCACCAGUGCACUGGCCCGAAAUAGUACUGAACCCGCGAAACUCGAUCGGAGUCAGAGAUACUUACUACACAGCUACCUCAGAUCGUGUCCGUCGAAGGGAAAUACUCGCGUCUACUCAUAACAUGCGAGGUCCAUGUAUUUAUGCACCUACGUCUCAUUUGAUGACAUCGCCCAGAGCAGGUGUUGCC